AUGCCGCGCCGCCAAUUUGUGGCUGACCUUGAAAAGGUUCAGAACGGCCAACUUCCUCCUGGAAUUUCUGCAGUUCGUGCUGGCGAGGAUGAUGGUCAGAUCGAGUUCUCUUUUGCAGGAGCGCCCACUCCACUGACCGAUGGACCGGUUACUGUGACAGCCAUGGUCCCAGACCUGGGUGAUUAUCCUAAAUCACAUGAAUACUACAUUUUUGGUGGCGAGGACGCCCCUCGAGACAUCAGUGCAGCUCUUGGCUCGAUUCGUGGCAUCAACAAGAAGACGGUGUUCGAAAUGCUUGACAUCGUCGCCAGCACACUGUGUAGAGUGCAGCCUGACCAAGACGGCGACUCACAAAUGCUAGAGGACCAGCACGAGGUCGACGAGGACGAGGAAGAGGAAAUGGUCGAUGACGACGACGACGACGACGACGACGGCGAUGUCUAUGAUUCGGACCAUGAAAUAUUCGACGUCGACACACCUGCGCACAAUCCAGCCUUCGCCACAAAGACAGUUCACACAACUCCGGACCGCACGUUCAGACAGCGAAUUCGCGAUGAUCUCCGCGUCACAAAGGCUGCGGGCUUCAAAGUCGGUCAUCUGGGCCAUCUGCUUGACGGCAACUCAAGUUAUGUUGCCGUGGCCAUUCGGAUUGCAAAGCUCGGCAUCUCAGAAGAAGCCAUGCAAGCAUGGCAGAUCGAGCCCAAUGAGUACCUGACUCUGCUGAUCCAAUAUCCCAACGGCUACAAGACCAACGAGCAGUUGCAGGGUUUCGAAGCACUUCGUUUGGCUCCCAACCUUGCAAUACGGGUGGUAGUAGGGAAGCGCCCAAAGCCGACGAUACAAGAAGCCAUCAAAGCGUUCACAAACGUUCGUAAGACUGAGCGCAGCAGCAUCAGCAGCACGGACCUACCAUCGGCUGACGAACUGGACACCGAGGAUUCGUCGAUCCGCGACACAUUCAUCUCGAAGCCAUUGAACGCACUUCUGCAGGAGCGCUUCGUGCCUAUUCUUCGAUCCCGAAGCAUGGGAUUGGACUGGAGAGGCGCAGAGCGCUGGUAUGACGAGAUGCAGGCCACUGCUGGCCCACAAGCAAAUGCCGAUGUGGUUCCUGACCAGCUGUAUGUGCCAGAGCCGGUCAAUGAUGCUCUUCCAGAAAUUGUACGGGCAGACCACUAUCAAGCCGCUGGUGUUGUACAGUUUUCUUUUCCGUUGCUCGCCAUGCAGUUUACACUGCGCCACUUUGUGCGCUGCACCGACUUCUGCUUGGUCUGCCACCGCAAGUUGGAGUCCGACGUUGAAGCAAUCAAGCCCUACGUAUGCGACAAGCCACUGUGUCUGUAUCAGUACAUGGCCAUCGGCUUAGGGCCGAGCAUCGAGCAUGAAGUGAUCGCGCAGCCGUACGUCGUCGAUCUGUUGGUCUCGUUUUGUUACAGCAGCGCGGCGAACCGGAAGCUGAAAGACUUCCCUGAUGGACUCUCACUGACAGUUCCCCCUGUUGGCGCCAACGACUACAAUCCUCUGGGCUCCGAGUACCUUCCCGGACGCCAUGGCACAAAGGCUGAGAGCCCUUCUAAGGUUCAGCGCCAGAACCAACCAUUUCCAGUGUUCGAAGUUGGAUUCGACCAAGCUGCGCGCGAACUGAUUUUUUUCGACCGACCUGACGCAUGCCCUGUUCGCCGAGGCGAUUGGAUUCUGCUCAAUGCCUCUUCCAUGGAAGGACAAGACCUGCAUUGCCGAGUUUCUGACACCACGUAUUUUCCUACCAUUUCUGUUGAUCCUCCAAUCGUCUUGAACCAACAGCGCACAAAUCCUCGUGGGCAGGGCGGGGAUCUGCAAACACCGACCAUGACGCCCAUAUCAACAAGAAGUGGCAGCCCGGCGCAAGCGACCGAGAAGUGGGUAAACGCAACUUUCCAGGUGUAUGCGCAAGACUUUAGCAGUCUCGAUGCUAACGGCAAGUGCCUCGCGAUUUGUCGCUUGCUGGAUACUCUACCAGCGGUAACAGAAAUGCGCAGCUAUCUGAUCAAGCGGCAACCAGCCGAUCUCCAGAGCUGGUCGGAUCGCAUCUCCUCGUCUGCUCUGAGCUUGCUGAGGUGGAUCAUCGCAAGCAACAGAUCGUGCAUUAUGCAAGUUGAUGGCAAUGACUCAGUCACGGGUGACGGAACGGUGUCCACUGCUGGAGCAUCCACUGUCUUUGGAAAGACGCAGGAGCGGUGUUAUGGUAUGAAAGACUACAUGCAAUUUCGCUUCGCGAUGGGUGCCCCAGACAAAGAGCAGCGAUUCAUCACCGAAGUGCGCAACACUGCGACCCGUCUCAAACUCCAGCAUCAGACCAUCUUUGCCUGGCAUGGAUCGCCACUGUACAACUGGCACGGGAUCAUUCGAGAAGGCUUGCACUACAAGAACGCAGAUCACGGCCGUGCUUACGGGGACGGUGUCUACCACGCGAAAGAUGCCUCCACAAGCACCGGAUAUUCUGGCAUGAACUAUUAUGGUUACGGAGCCAACACCACCAUCCGCGGAGCAUGGCCAAGCAGUGUUCUGAAGAUAUCGUCGGCUUUGGCACUGAACGAAAUUGUCAAUGCUCCAGCAGAAUUCCAGUCUCAGAAUCCAUAUUAUGUGGUCAAGCAACUCGACUGGAUCCAAACGCGGUACCUCUUUGUACAAGUGGCGCCAAAGAAUGAGAAUGUCAAGAUCGGGCCAGAGGUUAUGCCCCAGAAUCCUCAUCCUCAGGAUCCUGCUCGGACUCCUACUGGUGUUGAUAGAAAUUCGGCCAUCGUCAUACCUGCAUCUGCAAUCAAGUCCGGAAAGAGGCCUGCACCGGCUUCGCCGCCGGGCACACCCUCGCUGGCCAAGAAGAUCAAGUCUUUUGCGUUUGCGAAGCAGAAGUACAGUGGUAAAGCUGCAGACCCCGUAGUAAUCGACGAGGACGAUGAUGUGCAAAGCAUCAUGACCGACAUAGAAGACAGGGACCUCUUGAAAGACGAACUCGAAGAAUCUCAGGCGCCUCGUGUCAAUGGGAACUCACUGUCCAAGCAAGUCGUAUCUCCACCAAAGACCGACUUUGUUCCAGGCUCGCUAGAUUUUGGCACUUUACCUAUCAUGCCCAUGCCCACCUACGCAACUCCGUCUGCAACGAAGCGCCUCAUGCAAGAGCUACAGUCACUUCGAAAAGUGCAAGAAUCCACGCCGCUGGUGGAUCUUGGGUGGUACAUUGACGUUGAAAAGAUCGACAAUGCUUACCAAUGGAUCGUGGAGCUACACUCUUUUCACACCAUCGAGAUCAAUGGCAAGAAGCUACCGCUUUCGGAGGACAUGAAGAAGCGUGACAUCAAGAGCGUUGUUCUUGAAAUUCGCUUCAACAAAGACUUCCCGUUCACGCCACCAUACGUUCGCGUAAUUCGCCCACAUUUCAAGACCUUCGCACAGGGUGGAGGCGGCCACAUCGUCAUGGGAGGGGCGAUGUGCAUGGAGAUGCUGACGAAUACUGGCUGGUCGAGCGUCCUGUCGAUGGAGUCAGUGCUGAUGUCGAUCCGCAUGAACAUCGCAAGCGAGCCCUUUGCCCGCCUCGAGGGAGGAGCUAGCCGUGACUACGGUGCAGUUGAGGGUGCUGAGGGAUACAUACGUGCUUGCCAGACUCACGGCUGGGAAGUUCCACCCGGCUUCAGGGAGAUGGCGUUCAGCGAUACGAAGCAGUAGAGUGGUCAAUCGACUUUCAGCAUAGAACUUGUACAAUACGACGAAGAGUCCUCGGGAGUACAGAAACGCAAACGGACGAGCUCUUGAUAGCAUGGUGAUGAAUUAGCGAGGCGCUAUGGAGAAAAUUGGGACACAUUUUGGGGAAGGGACGUUUCAUCGCAAGGCAACUUUUGGUAGACACAUACACAGGCAGAAACGCUCUUUCAACAAAAUGGAACUUAUAGUUUGGACAG